CUCUAUUUCGAAUUUGGAAAUGCUUGUUUAAGUUCUUCCAUCAUUACUGGAAGCUAAUAAGGAAUCCAAACUUUUGAGCUCGGAAUCUAGCAGAGUUCGAUGAAUUCCCAGUCUAUUGGCCGCUGCCAGAGACCCAAAGGGAAGAGGAUGAAGCUGGCCUUUCAGAUUGGGUCCUUUUUGGCUGUAUGCUUGUGGUUGUUGUACCAAGCAAAUCAGUCUCACGAUAGAGACUACAGUGGAAGUGUGCAGAAUGAGGCUACUAAGGAUCAUGGUAUAGGUAUUUUGGGGCGUAGAGUGAAUGCUGGUGGUUCAAGUCUCGGAGGAGAAAGCUUAAAUGAUGAAGUUCAAGGUGGUGGUGUUGAUGGAGAUGCUGACGAGAAGCACAAAGUAACUAAUGAUACUCAUAAAGAUCUUGGGAGACAUGAAGGGAAAGAAAGUGAAGAGAAAACGGAACUGAAAGAAAAAGAGCUGAACAAUGCUGAUGAUAAUUCUGAUAUUGAAGUCAAAGCUAAUAGUGAGGCAGUGGGAUUGGAAGAUGAUUCAUUGCAGGAAGGAAUACAGGUGACAAUAUCUGAUCAGGAAGGUGAGAAAGAUGUGGCGAAUACUAGCCACCAUGAAGUUGAAGAGGAUGAGGAGCAAAUAUCACAUGUUAAUCAUGAUGAGCUAGGACACGGAAGUGAUGCACAGAAGGAGCCAGAGAAAAAGGACUUCAGUUCAACUGACAAUGAGUUUCUAGUUCAACCUACCGAAAGGAAGAAUGAUUCUGCUCAGGAUCACAAUUCAAUGGUAGAUGGAGUCCAUGCCUUUGAUGAUGAGACUGGUGUUUCUAUAGACGGUAACGAUAUCAUAGAAUCAAGAGUGACAGAAUCAAAUGGUGAUGGUGAAAUCAGGUUGCAUGAACAUAUGUAUUCUACUUCAAACAGUCAAAGUGAAACCAUCGAAAACACUCAAAGUGAAGUUGUUGUUGAUAGAGAAGAUAAUGCUGAUUUUGAAGCCAGAAGCAAAAAUUCAGUACAAGAUUUAGAACCUGAGUCAGAAACAAAUUCUGAAACUAGUGUCCAUGUAUCAAUAGUAUGAGCGUAACUACACAAGGAGGCACUUCAGUUUCAGAUCUUUAAGUGAAACAGAAGGUCACUGACAUUAUAACGUUAUCCACGAGAUGAUGAAAAGGCCUAAAGAUAGAAAGUGAGUCGUAGUCGUAAGUUUUUCUUUUCCUUGAAUGAUAUUGUAUAGUCUAAUUUCAAAUAUAUUGUAAUGCAAGUUAUAGAGAUGAGUUGUUUUUGCUUAGAUAAUGGGAAAGGAGCAAUCCUAAUAGUACAAGUUCUGAGUGCUAUUACACA